AUGAUUACUUUUUUUCUUUUCUCACCAGCCACUUUCUCGAGUAGUUUUGGCAGCUUCUCGAUCAACCAGCGAGUUUCAGUGUCGCAUUGCCACGCAAAAUACUCCUUUCCCACUGGAGUCACCGCCAGAACUUCUGCUGCGGCCGCUACCACCAGUCCAGAGGUAGCGUUGCCCCGAGGUCGCAAGUCACUACGCCAUCGUCUUAAGAAGUCCUCCGUCGUCUCUGUCGAUGCUCUUCGCCGUCCCAGUUUUAACCGCACCGUCCGCCAGCGCACUCGUCGUAUUCUCGCCGGAUUUACUUCUGAUCCAGCCAAUACGUCAAACGUCGGCGCUACUGCUGCUCCCGCUGAUUCCUCUACCCACUCCUCCUCCUCCGUUACCGCCACCACGGCAAGAUCAUGCAACACUACCACAUCGACUCCGACAUCGUUACCCACCUCACAGAAGGCUUCCGCAAUUGGGACGCACAUGGCCAGUUUGGCGGCAGUUUUGGAGGCGCUGCUGGUGGGUCUCUACAACACCUACGUGCGUCAACUUGUAGUGCCACGACGUGGGGCAAACCUCUUCUCCGCAUUGCCACCGUUUGCCUCUGGAUCGGUGUUCUGUGGACCGUUGGACAUGACGAAAACAAAGGAGGAUCAGGAAACGGAGAUAGUGGAGAGCUUUCUUCAUCUUUUCCCCAACAGGGAUUCUACUGCAGAGUGCCAGUUGACAGCGUGCAAUCGGUGGCGGGUGUUGUGCCUUCUCUGUCGUAUCUCCAUCGAGCGGAUAAACGACCUCUCCGACAGGGGUCGCGAGGCACUCUGUCACCUCGCACUACUGUUGGGUCCGCGGGGUCUUCGCGAGCAUCGCUUCCCACCGCCCGUUGCUACUGUCACCGCUGACGUUUCUCCCCCACGCCGCCGCCGCCGCUCUCGGUGGCAACGGUUUGCUCGCCACCAUCAUCAAGAGCGACACAGUAAAGGUGCGCCGCCUCCGUCGUUACCAUUGGAGCCAAGGGCAUCUACGCCGCUGCAGGGCUCGCAACGCCAAAGUAAUCGCGUCAUUGCCGCUGCUGCUCGGCUCGACCUCACACGUAUUACAGCGCCGCUGCGCUCAGUGCCCGCGGUGCAGCGCGAGGGGACAUCUACCAGUAUGGACAUGCAACCAUCAUUGAAUAUGGUCGGACCAUGUGAUUACAAGGAUGCUGCUUUGAUAGACACGAAGGGCAAAGCUGAGGAGAACGACAGCGAGAAUGACUUCGAGUUGAGCAUCUUGGGAACUCCCACCAGUUCGGUCACCAACACUGACAGCAGUGGUGGAACGAGCGUGGAGACGGGUAGUAACGCAUCCCUCUGUUCCGACGAUGAUGUGAACGUCGAUGUUUUCGACGGCAGUUUUGACAUCCUCAAUGAGGAGGGAAAGGAGGACGAUGAGGACGAGAAGUAUGAGGAUGAGGGCGACAAAAGCCGAGAGCAUCAUCACCCAGCGCCGAUCAACGAUGUGCUUGAAAGCAAAUGCAAUCUCAAUGCCUCCAACGUGGACAAUGAGGUGGCAGGGCCUUCAAAAGGGGAAAAAGACGAGACUUUCACCAAUGCACAAAGUACUCUGGAAGACUGCGAACCCAUUGAUGACAAUGAUGUUGAUGAGGAUGAUAUUGUCACUGCAAAUAGCCACUCCUCCUGCAUUCUAGACCCUCUUCAUCAACAGCAACAUCAACAACAAGAGCAGCUGUGUCAGCAACAGUUACCACAACAACAAGAGUCGCACACACCUACUGCACCUGUGGCACGGAUAAGCGAUUUUGACGAGAAAAAGAAAUCGAAGCGUCACCAAUUCCACGGCCUACCACGCGGCAGUGGUGUUGGAAGUGGGGGACACACAAAGACGGAGAUGGUAGGGAUGUUGGUGGCCUCGGUGCGAAUUCCUCGACUCCCGGCGCAAUUUGUUCUCGACCUCCUGCCGGGUCUGCAUUUUGCUCUCACCACCACACAAUCGCAUCUCGCUGCCACCGCCGUCGAUGCUCUCGCUCAGCGCGCCAAUUUGGAACUCUGGUCCAAUGUCCUCCUCUACACCAACAGUAUCCGUAACAGUAAAGUGUACGUCCACGCCGCCACUGCUUCACUUGAUCAAAACUGCAUAGCAUUGUCGGCGAGGCAGAGCAACCAAUCCAACGGCUCGAGAACCCUACGGGGCGUCUCACCUGGUGGCUCACGCGCCUCCUCCAUCGCUGGAUCCGGCGCAUCAUCUACGCUGGAGGAGGAGCGUAGACCAGCAUCCCCGGUUACAGUGAUUGAGACAUCUCGGCAAUCCAAGGUACCAAUGGCCAUCACCAACGCUUCAUUCCAGGCUGUUAGACCGGAGGAGGACAUCCCGCUAAUGGUGAACGACGAACGCGUUAGUAGUGUUGGUAACAAUGUCCUCACUGCUUCCGCUCCACCUCCUUCACCAUUACGAUCGACACCGUCCUACCAGAACGAAGAGGAGAGCCCUCCACACGAGUCGGGAAUCGGUAACAGAGAGGUUUUAUCACCGCCGCUACCAGCACCACUGCCGGCAUCACCACCAACACCGCGUUCCAUUUGA